AUGAGCAAACAAAAUGCUUAUUGCUCACUUAUAUUGAAGAAGUACAAACUGUGGGUAGAAAAGGGACAUCCGAAAGCCGCUUCUUUGAAAACCGUCCCAUUAUUUUUUCCAGAGCUUUGUGCAGAACUCUUUGAUGGAAACAGUGCAUCUGGUAAUCUCAGUUAUGCCACAUCCCAAACACCAUCGGGACAUGGAUCAUCUUCUUUCCAUGUCGCACCACUACAUCUUAUGGAUGCCCCUUCUAUUAACAUAGAUGAGGAUGAUUUCUUUUCCAAUCAUAUUAGUGAGCAUUUUACUCAGCCUCCACCUUCUACUGCUUCACCAUCUGCUGAUUCACCUUUUGUUGCUUCACAUUUUGUUAACCCCAACAAAAGGGCUAAACCCUCAACUCCUAGACCUCGAGAUCCUAGUGUCUCACCUGAUCCACCUUCUUCUGCCUCACCUAAAUCUUCUAUUACUGUUGAUGAUUUAGCAUUGGAGAUGCAAAAAGCUCUACACCAUUUGACUCAAGGGCCAACAAUUCCCCAAUGUUUAGAGAAGCUUGAGUUGCUCGAGUUAGACCCAAUAGACCCUCUACAAUUUGAUGCGUAUCACAUUUUUGGAGGGACCAUGAAUAUGAGAGAGAGAUGUGGGUAA